UGAUAAUAAGCACGAGGCAGGAGGCUAGCCGCUAGUGUUACGAACGUAUCGUGAAAUUCACAAAAAACUACCUCGGUAUUUUAGUAAUUUAUGAAAGGCGAUAAAUGUUUCAUUAUUGAAUAAGUCCUAAGCACAUUGUCGUUUACAGUUGGCGGCAAUACAAUAUUUUUUAUUAUCCCCGAUGUACACCUACGAACUAUGAUUAUCGAAACCACAGUACACCAAUCACCCAUGCAAAUGGACGCACUACCAAAAGUUCUUCCAGGAAAAACAAUUGACGAAACGGUGUCUAAAUUGGAAUCCGAAGAAGUAAGAAAUUUGUUACACGUACUAGUAAACCAAGUUAAUGACAAAGACACCCGUGGCGUUGCAUUAAAAUGGUUAAAUGCCAUAAUAGUAUCGAACCGAAUGCGAAUCAUCAGAGAUCCUACACUACAUGAAGCAUUAAACUCUUUGGAACCUUUAAGUAGUCCAUCCUAUGUUAAACUGUUGAAGCUGAAAGGACGUUUGGAUACAAUAACAGAACGUAUGACUAAGAGGAAGAGUGGAACUUUGGAACCAUACAUCACUUACAUGGAUGAAGAUUCUACUGAUAAAAUUGACAAAUUUUUACUCAUGAAUCAAGUAAAACCACUAGAGUCUGACGAUGAUGAUAACAUGGAUUUAAGUAAAAUUGUAUAAUUUUUAAACAUUUAUAAAUAAAUUAUUUUAGUACAAUAAAAAAAAAAACUAUGUAACAUUGCAUUUACU